AUAUAUAUAUAAACAUAUAAUACACGCGCUAAUCAAUAGUACCUGGACCCGAAACAGCAAAAACAAUGGCCAAAACACGUAGAAAAGGAUCGGAUGCGGCCAACAAAGGCCGACCGCGCGAAGGCUUUCGUACGGGUAAUCAUAGUCUGAACGUUGAUCGGGUGCGGUCGUCAACCGAUACCCACUUGCGUGACAAGUCGACAAUCAAGCGGCUAUUGAUGUACAAAAACGGUCGACCCGUACGCGACUCGGUCGGCAAAAUCAUCAAAGCGGCACCAUUUCAGUCGACAUUGGCCAGCGGUUCCGUAUCGCGUAUAGCGCCCAAUCAGAAAUGGUUUGGCAAUACCCGUACGGUUACACAGCAAGCGUUGCAAAAGUUUCAGCUAGAACUGGGUCGGGCCGUACGGGAUCCGUAUCGGGUAGUUAUGAAACAGACAAAAUUGCCGAUAACUUUGCUGAACGAACGGGCCAAGUAUUCCCGGGUUCACAUACUGGACACCCAAUCGUUUGACCAGACAUUCGGUCGGCGAUCGCAACGUAAACGGCCGCACAUGAAGUUCGAUAGUCUAGAAUCGAUGGCCGUAGCAGUGGAUAAACGACAGGCGGGUUACGACGAGUCCAGGGAUGUGAAUCUGGUUGUCGAUGACGGCGGUGUUAGGCCAGUGGUCAGGGAUCUGGCCAUGAAAAAGGGUACAUCCAAACGUAUAUGGAAUGAAUUGUAUAAAGUUAUCGACUCCAGCGAUAUUGUUGUCCAAGUAUUGGAUUCAAGGGAUCCGAUGGGUACCCGAUCUAAACAUAUUGAACAAUAUCUGCAGAAAGAAAAACCGCACAAACAUCUGGUAUUAGUGUUAAACAAAUGCGAUUUAAUACCCGUUUGGGUUACCCAACGAUGGGUAACCCAAUUGUCUCGGGAAUAUCCGACAAUGGCUUUCAGGGCAUCGCUGAGAAACCCGUUCGGUAAGGGAGCCAUGAUUAACCUCUUAAGACAAUUUUCGAAACUACAUUCCGAUAAGAAACAAAUAUCGGUCGGUUUUAUUGGUUACCCGAAUGUCGGUAAAUCAUCGAUCAUUAAUACCUUAAAGUCGAAAAAGGUAUGCAAAGUGGCACCGAUUGCCGGCGAAACUAAAGUCUGGCAAUACAUAACAUUGAUGAGACGUAUCUAUUUGAUCGACUGUCCCGGUGUUGUACAUCCAUCAGGUGAUUCCGAUACGGAUAUUGUACUCAAAGGUAUUGUACGGGUAGAGAAUGUCAAAGACCCGGAAGAUCAUAUACCCGAAGUACUCGAACGAGUCAAACGCGAAUAUCUGAUGAAAACCUAUAAGAUUGACGAGGAAUGGCUGGAUUGUGAAGAUUUUCUGGUAAAAAUGGCCGAACGAACCGGUAAACUGUUGAAAGGUGGCGAACCUGAUUGCAAUACAGUGGCCAAAAUGAUACUGAAUGACUUCCAGAGAGGAAAGUUGCCCUAUUUUGUUAAGCCACCCGUACUGGAGGGUACCGAUAAACCGGAUAAUCGCAAACAAUUAGUUAGUAGUAGUACUACUACUACUACUGAUGGAUCUACUAAUGAUGUUGUGGUCGCCACCGUCACUACCGAUGAUGAUGUUGUUGUCAGUGACGCCACUAAAGAGCCGCCGAUGACUGCCGGAGGAGUAGUAGUAGGAGUCGGACCGCACGUCAGACAAGAUCUAUCGAAAGUUGAAAUCGAAUUAGAGUUUACCGGCGAUGAUGUCCGGCCAUUAGACAGUCAAGAUAUGGACGAUGAAGACGGAGGAGAAGACGGCGCCGACGAUGAACUGUUUCAAUCGGAUGCUGAAGAGGAUGAACUAGUGGAUAGCGAUGAUGACGAUGAAGAAGAUAUGGACAAUAAUGAUGACGAUGACGACGAAAGUAUUGAUGAUAAUAACGAUGAAAGCAUAGUAUCGGAGAAAAUGAUGGCUAAAAACAAUAACAAGAGUUCAAAAUUGAAACGACGACAACAACAACAAACAGCCACCGCCAACACCACCACCGCUGCCGACAAUAAUAAAAAACAGUUGAAAUCAAGGGAACGCCGAAAACUGGACAGAGAGGCGAAAACAAAGAAAAUUGGUGUCCAUUUCUAUGAGACGGCUAACGUUAAGAACAAGAAUCGUAAUAAAAAGCCAAUCGAUUUGCUGACGGCAAACACAAACAGCCGAAGAGGACAUAAUAAGAAACAUUUGAAGAAAAAAUAAUAAUUUCCGAUAAAAAAACAUAAUUUAAUUAUAUUUAGUUAUUUUAAUCGCAAUAAAGUUAUAAAUUUUUU